AUGCAUCGCAUACCGCACCCCGAUGGAUCGCAUGGUCUGCCUAGCACGUCCGGUGGGUUUGACCAGCCAUGGCGUCCUCCCUACACGCCCGCUUUCGAAACCCACCCGGCGGACCAGCGGCGCACAUCCAGCGCACCACAGCCCCCGCUGCACCCGCACGCGUAUUCGGUCAUGCCAAACCGCGAGCUGCCACAGCUCCCCCCCGACGGGCCCUAUGCUCGGCAAAGUAGUCUACCUGGACCCCCAACCCAUACCCCUCCAGAGACCCAUCCGCCACCCCCUCCACCGCACCCUGCUUUUCGACCAACGAUAAACGGUACGUCGCAUGAGCCAACACCUCAUUCCGCUCCCCCGGAGUAUCGACCCCCAGUCGCGCGAAUGUCCUUCCCUCCGCCAGAUACCCCCGGUGUUGUCGGUGAUGCCCCCCCGCCUUCGCAGGCACUACCCCCAGCCCAGUACACGCCCCCGGUGCCGCAUCUCUCGCAAACUCCUACACCUUAUGACUCGGCUUUCUAUCCGAAUCAGGGGUUUGGAAUGCGCCAUCGCAAGGCCGCUCGGGCUCAACAGGCAUGCGAUCAAUGUCGAGCAAGGAAAGCCAAGUGCGACGAAGGUCGCCCAGCGUGCAGUCACUGCAAAGAAAACAAUCUGAUAUGUGUUUACAAAGAAGUUCCUCCUCAUAAACAAGAAAAGGCGACCCAACAGAUCUUGGAUCGCUUACAACAGUUCGAGGAUGCAGUUACGGAGAGAAUUGGACAUCUGUUAUCAAUGCAAGUAGAGCAUGGUAAUCAGAUCACCUCUCUCCUACAAGGGACCGGACUCCCAGAAACGAAGACUGUACAGGCUGCCGAAACGCAGAAACAAUCUUUCAGCCGACUGUCCAAACCGGACAUUGCAGAUCUUCUCCAGAAGACCGAGACCAAAGACGAAGCAAUAUCCAAUUUUGUGAAUCGGGAGCUGGAAAAGGCUGCCGAAGGAGAACCACAGAUGCUAGUCACCGGCGAAGAUGGCGAGCUUUCCAUCCCAGUGGAACAUACAACGGCGGCCCACAAACUGCUCAUGUGGCCAUCAAUCAAAGCCCUUCUUGCGCCCAGAGAGUACGAUGAAGAUUAUGUGAUGAGGCUUGAAGAAGAGCGCGGACUGAUCUCUGUUUACGGGCGGGGUGAAGGCCAAACCGACAGCGAGGAGCUAACCGCGUCCUCCGCACCGAACGGAAAUUCGACGCGAGAGCAUGCCUACACCAACGAUGCCGCCGCCGCCGCUGCUGCAUUCUGGCCUCCUGUGACCCACCAGAAUGGUACCCCCGCCAGAAUCAGGCCCGAACCCUUGGAUGAGAAUGGGUACUUUAUUACCGAUGCGGAGACCGUUCGCCGACUCUAUGCAAGCUACCUGGACCACAUACACAAACUUCACCCGUUUCUCAAUCAAACGGAACUGGAAGAACGGCUAGAGAUCUUUAUCGAACGGUAUUGUCCUCCGUCCACUGCACCUGCUGCGCCCAUUCUCAAUGGCAACGGAAAUGGCACCGGCGACUUCCCGCGGAGCGCAAAGCGAAAGCGAUCCUGCGAGACUCUUCACGGCGCGGGCUGCGAUGUUCAAUCGCCCAGCUCCAUCACGCUGGAGCGUCUCGGCUGCCGGCGCGUUGAGAAGACUUUGAAGAACGCGAUCAAUCUACUAGUCCUUGCGCUGGGGAGCAUCUGUGCAGCUAAGCCUCCUCUUCCUGGGCCGGUUACCGAGAUUCCCCGCGAUUUCCGAGAGGAAUCCAUCCCCGGGCCCACCUCGCGAAAUAUGCUCUCCCGCGCGGAUUCCGCGUCGGCCGCGCAAGGACCGCAUCCACCGCAAGGCAGCUUUCACUCUCAACCAGAUGGCCAAUCGUUUUCCUCGAUGGACAAUCGCCGCGCAUCUUCAGAUCGCACGGUCCAUUCGCAUAAUCGACGCAGAUUACGCAACAUGGAUGUCAUUCCAGGCUUGGCGUACUAUGCGUAUGCGACCCAGAUCUUGGGCAGCCUGCAAGGUGCGAAUAGCCUCGAUCAUGUUCAAGCCGCCUUACUUGCAGGGUUAUACGCCGGACAGUUGGCGCACCCGUUUCAAAGCCACGGCUGGAUAUACCAAGCAGCGAGAGCUUGUCAAGUGCUGGUGCGAACGAAACGAUAUGAACAGUAUGUUGACGGUCCUCUCAAAGACUCGAUUGACUUUGCAUAUUGGACCUGUUUGCAAUUGGAAAGCGAUAUUCUCGCGGAGCUUGAUCUCCCCGCCAGCGGCAUCUCUCGCUCAGAAGGACGGAUUUCCCUGCCAAAGGGGAAAUAUACUUUGACUCUGCCGAACGAGAUCUCCGCCCCGAGUACGAUGAUGAUGUUCUUCUAUUCCGCGCAGAUUCACCUCCGGAAGGUUCUCAAUCGCGUCCAUACGGAUCUGUACAAAGUCGAAAGGAAAGGCGAAUCACGCUGGUCUUCUCAUGUUCAAGAAAUCCUGAGCAUGAAUCUGGAACUCUGGAGAAGCAGUUUGCCUGAGGUCAUGCGCUGGAAAGACACGGACCCCCCGUCAAAAGACAUCAAUGUGGCGCGCAUGCGUGCCAAGUACUACGGUGCCCGGUAUAUCAUUCAUCGGCCACUCCUCUUCCAUGCUCUGCAUUUUGCCAACGACACUGGACGCUCGGCGUCCGUUAGCUCCCCCACUGAAUCCGCGAUAUCUGGCUCCAAGUCCCAACAAGUCUCUCCAUCUGUGACACACAGCCAACGCGCAAUCGAAAUGGCACGCUUGGCCAGUGAUGCCGGUCCGACCAGCCGGAGCGCACCCACCCCUACCCCGGGGGGUGGGGCCUGGGCAUCCUAUGCAUAUCGGGAUCUUCAGCCCAAGAUGCGUAGAGCGUGCAAGGUAUGCAUCGACUCAGCUAUACUGAGUACCGAAGCCUUUGACGGAAUCGAGGGCCGCCCUGUUGUGACCAAUAUCUUCGGCACAGCCCACGCUCAAUUUGGUAAUAUGCUAGUGCUGUCGGCCACAUAUAUGUCGAGUCUAUCCGAGCUCGUUGACCGGACUGACCUGGAGCGACUGAUGAAGCGAACGAUUCGAUUUCUUCUCCAGAGUCGCGAAAUCUCGCCCAGUCUACGCGCGGAUGCCAAGAUCCUGAGCGAAAUUUACGAGAAGAUCUUUGGGGAUAACAUUGAAGCCCUUAUGCAUUGCGUCAUUUGAUCAUGUUUGACCUAUGAACACGGGGAUCGCUGGCCCUGGCGCCAUGGAGAAAACACCCUUCACGAGGCCUUGGCCUGUUGUCUAACCAGUGCAAAAAUGAACGAUAGUGCAGGAUUCCUGCCCUCGUUUUCACCUGACUCCUUCCUACACAUCCUUUCUCUCUCUCUCUCUCUCUCUCUCUCUCUCUCUCUCAGGUUCUUGCUAGGUGAGGAAAUCCCAAUAACACGGGUUCUGGUUUGGCUUUGAUGUUUUUGGAACAUAUUGGCGGUAUAGGGAUCAUGUACGGCAGCUUUCUAGAUGCCCUCUGUUUACUUGUUCUGUUUGAUGGAUGCCUCAGCGAUCGGCAUCGGAUCGAUGCAGAGCGGGACGGCCGCGAGGCUUGUUGUCGGGGGUUAGUGUCACUUGUUCUUUUAUGGUGUU